UAGAAGGUUCUUUUGUUCAUGUAUCCCAGCCCUCUCACAAAAUACUGUUCAGAAAUGUUCAUGGUAAAGAUAUUCCUUGUAUUUGGUCCUCAUUCUAUUCCUCGAUUAUCUGUCGUGGAAUUCAGAAUUUAUACGAGCUCAAUUCAUUUCAACAACAAACACUGAGGAUUGCCUACAAUAACUAUGCUCCAAGAUUUUUGUAUGAAAACGAGAAAGUGAAUGUUGAUACAUUUGAAGGAUUAUUCCUCAGUUCUUACAUAGAAAAAAUGAAUUUGAGAACUGAGUUUACUGAUGCUCAGUUUACCUGGGGUACCUUCAACCCAGAGACAAAUCUAUGGACUGGGGUUGUUGGACAGGUCGGGUAUGGAUUAGCAGAUGUUGGUGUUACAUAUAUUUCAUACACAUUGGAAAGGGGUCAGUUUAUUAGUUAUUCCUCUCCUGUAGGUACUGACAUCAGCAAUUGGGUUUCCAAGUUUCCUGGUGAAUCAUCUCCUUCUUUAAACAUUGUCAAGGUUUUUGAUGUGCCAAGCUGGAUAGCUAUCUGGGUUAGUACUUUGAUUGUUUCAAUUGUAUUGCUGGCGGUGGUUUCCCUUGCAACAUUACAGGGAUACAAACAGCCUGAUAGAGUAAUGGUUCUGUUGUUGCCUGUUGCAAUGCUGAAUGCUGAAGAAAUGCCGGACUGGUUUAAAAUAAAGGAUAGCAGAUUUUGGUCUGGAAGUAUUCUACUGAUAACUUGGGCUCUUUGCUCUAGUCUUAUUGGAUUCUUUUUCUCAUGCAAUCUCAGAGCUAUAAUGAUGAAACCCUCGUAUGAAAAUGCGAUUGAUACUUCAGAAAAUAUUUAUCGAGAAAAUAAGGUUAUACACGUGAUGGAUUCCUCUUGGGAGUAUGAUUUCCUGGUAAAUUCUCCGGAUCCUUGGCAAGUUAAAGCAAUGCAAAAUGCAGAACAAUAUUCCAACAGUGAGGGGGAUGAUGAAAUUUCUAUGAUAAAAAGUGUUUUGAAAAAUACAGAAAGAGUGAUAUUGAAUAGUAAGGACAAUAUCUUAUAUAUCAUGAAAGAGUUUAAAGUAUUACAAGAAGAGUUUCCUGGGCCCAUGUUCUACUUCAGUAAGGAGGAAGUAAGACCGUAUUAUACUGGUUGGGUUCUACAGAAAGGAUCGAAGUGGGAGGAAGAACUCAAUCAGCAUAUCCUUAUAAGCCACCAGGCAGGGUUUGAUGUAAAGAUCCAUAAUACUCUGAGUGGGGCGAGAAAAGUUGAUUUGUCUGUUCCUGAUCAGAAAAAGCUGAGUAUUGAACAUAUUGCUAUUGCCUACUUGAUUCUUGGGAUUGGAUAUUUCGUAUCUCUUCUAGGAUUUAUCGGUGAAGCUGGAGCAGAAAACAUUAAAAUUAAGAAAACUAAGACGUAAAAUCAUCCAUUUCAUGUAAUGUUAUAUUUUGUCAAUAAAAAAGAAAUUUA